AUGGCGACUGAAGAUGAUAACUUUGAUAUUGAUAUCUAUGGAGAUGGAAGUGGGUUAAUUGAUGAAGGCCAGGAUACAACCUUUAAGACAGAGGAACCUGAACUCGUACUCGAUGCCCCAGACAACCAACAAACCGGUGGGAACGAGGACGGAUCCGAUGAGAAGUAUGGCAACAGUAAUAACAACAUGGACGAGAGCCAUAAGAUAUUCAAGACGGGCAAGUCCGCUUCCGAAACACCACAGCUGGUGAACAAUCUACCACAGCACCCCCCAGCACCUCAACAGCAGCAGCAGCAGCAACAACAACAACAAGCACAGCAAGGUGUCAAAAGAAAGGAAGUUGAUCCGGAUGCGACAUCUGCCCUUUAUAUUUCGGACUUGCACUGGUGGACAACUGAUGACGAAGUCCGUGGAUGGGUAAACCAGGCCGGUGUCGAAGACGAUCUCAAAGAUGUCACAUUCAGCGAGCACAAGGUGAAUGGCAAGAGUAAAGGCCAAGCGUUUGUUGAAUUUACAUCGCCACAAGGUGCUACAGCGGCGAAACAUAAAAUCGAAGAGAUGAAUACCACUCAGCAAGGAGCAAGAAAGUAUACUGUUGCCUACACUCAACCUAACGUGAAUCCAUUCAGAACCCUGCCCAAAGAGAACCCAAUGCGCGGCGGAAAGGAUGAUCGAACCCCCAGAGCCACACCAACCGGUGGUUUCAAUGCUGGCGGCCAAGGAAAUUUUGGUAUGGGUAACACAGGUGGAUUCCGCGGUGGCCGUGGCGGAUUCAACAAUCGCGGCGGCAUGAACCAGAACAUGGGUUUCGGUGGUGCUAGAAAUUUCUCUCCAAUGGGCGGCGGCUUCCAGGGAGGCGCCGUUGGCGGAGGCUUCCAAGGCGGGCCCAUGGGAGGUAUGCAGAACUACGGAGGUUUCAAUAACCGUGGAGGAAUGAUGAACAAUAUGAGAGGCGGCCCCAAUAUGCGUGGCCGUGGAGGAAUGGGUGGUGGCAUGACUAGCCCCAUGAUGCCUGUCGGCGGACCUAUGGGAGGUGUUGGAGGUAUGGGUGGAAUGGGUGGUAUGGGCGGAAUGCCCAUGGGCGGGAUGCCAAACCAGAUGGGCAAUAUGAUGGGUGGGAUGCAAGGAGGCAACAUGGGAAUGCAAGGUCAAGGCGGUUUCCAAAACCAGAAUCCUCAUUUCAACCCGGCCUUCUUUGGCGGCGGUGGCAAUGAUAGCGGAGCCUGGAACCCGCAUGGUGUGAAACGAACUCGACAGGAGUAA